AUGCAGAAAUUCAAGUUUCUCAAUCUCUUAGCUGGCGUACUUGUCACUGGAAUGGUUGAUUCCUGUCCUUCUUUUGAAAAUAAUGUUGACUACAGCGGUAGUGACAUUGGCAACGCCCAAAGCGAUUCGGUUUAUGGAUGCUGCUCCAUAUGCGCCAAAAAUAAUGCUUGCGGUGCAUUUUCUUGGACGAGCUACAACGGUGGUACAUGCUGGCUGAAAAGCUCCAAGAAAAAUUCGAUUGUCAGUGUCGGAUCCAUUUCAGGGGAUUUACAACGAUCAACUACCCAGAAUAGUGGUCGCUGGAGAAUGUCUCCCGUUAAAGUCAUCCAAGCUCGUGUCCAAGGUGAUGCACCCAUUUGGCAACCGGAAGUUGGUCAGUGGCUAUCUAGUUUUGGUGUCACCACCAAGGACAAAUAUGAAAACAAUCUAGACACCGUAAACAUGGCGUCUGUUGAAGGAGCACUCAUGUAUGUACAAGCAGAGGGCAUUAAUGUUAACGAACAGUCGGUCAAGUGUCAGCGCAAGAAUAACAUGCAGUAUGUGGUAUUUUACGAGAUAACGAUCGUGCAGCCAAACAAAAGCAUCAAGUACUACGAAAAUCACAAUCCUCCUGAGUAUGGUGAGUUUCUCGCUAUGGAUGGUGCUAAGUGCACGAACGCUGGUACGGACAUCCCCAAGAGCUGUAAGAUCUUCUAUGGUCUAGACGGCACAGACAAUAUCGGUCCAAACGUCGGUUGCGAUGUGCAAGGUACUGAUCCACGAGCUCCGUAUCCUGGUAAUUUCUGGUGUUCGUUUCCGAACUCGUGUGCUCACAAGUACCGUGCAGACAAGACGAAUGAGUGCAGAGAGCGAUAUGGAGGUGGUCUAUGUCCCAUGGGAGUCCAACCGGAUGGAAUUUCUUGUAUGUUCAGCUAUAAAAUUCUGGGGUAUCUCAACAUUGACGAACUGGUUGGGAUCACCAGAAUGGGCUACAGAAAUUACAAGCAAUUUUGCCAGGCUGGAGGUAUCGAAUUCAAAGCCAAAAACACUGGCAACGGAUUUGAAGUGGAGCAAUCCAUCGAAUUUUGGAAAAAUCCUGGCAACCCUGAAGCCAAUGCGAAUCGGGCCUCGCAAAUGGUGGCAUUGUACAACAAAAAUAUCAAUAACGGCCAAAGCCCGAACAUGGCCCUUCUGCCGUCAAUUGAGGCUCUGACUCAGACGAACCCUAAAUGUUACCAAAACAGCAAAAUGUGUGCUCGCGCUCAGUAUGGCUGCAAACGAUCGUCGUUGUUGCAGAUUUGCUCAGUGUGUUUGGCCCCUGAAUCUGGAUGCGAGCCUGCACCUGCGGGAUACUUGUUUUCGAACCUAUAA